AUGGAUGCAUUUCUGCCUUUUAUGCCCACAGAUACAGACCUACAGGACCCCUUAGCUUCAGAGUACAUGAGAAAUGCAGGCCACCUUGCAACUGCCGAUUUUCAAGCGAAUGGGACCAGUCGCGGUGCUUCCGGCUCCCACUGGACCGACAAAGAGGUGAACGCUGUUCGAGCUAUCCCUUUGAUCAAUAUCGACCCUAAACGCAUUGUUCCCGAAAGGUUUUUUCCAGGGGACAAUAAUGAAGUUCCAGUGUUCAUCUUCCUUCGCAACGCUCUCCGGGCAGCAUCGUAUGACGAUAUUCGACAAUACAACUCAGGCAAAUUUGCCCAAAAUAGGUAUCAGCAACUUUUCGACUCGCUUUCAAACUUAAGUACAACUAAAGGUUCUGAAGAUGCAAUCAUAAAACAGCACCGGCGAUGCGGCAGCUCUAGCUCGGAGCUCUCUUCAUCGAGCUAUGAAGAGAGCCCUGAACCCGCGUCAACCUUAGCUCUAAUUGAAUUCCUCAAAACUACCAUGCUAAACAUGGGAGAUUAUAAAUUGCUGGGCAUGGUACCGCAAAACAGUGACAUGUUCCUGAAAAGCGCUCUCAAUCCCAUCCGGUUUGUUUGGAGGAUGGCUGGUGUACCAUUUGAGGCCACAAAUGACGGAGGAAUUUUCGUUAACUUCCGCGGCCCCUAUAGUCACUCGGACAGGUAUUCUAAAGUGCCUGUGGUCAGCAUGGAGUGUAAACCGAGACAUGCUGGCGGUAUCAAGCGAGGUUCAGGGGAGGCUGAAGCCUUCAUUCCUUCAAUCUUUGCUCAGGAAGUCGCGGAGCUGAUUGGAGGCAUGGUUGCUCAAAGACGCAUGCCAAUGAAACACCCAGAUCAGGAGACAUUUGUGCUCAGCAUGCACGGGACGCUUUUCUAUAUCAGCACAGCAUAUUUCUCGCCUGAUUAUAUUCACUACAUCGAGGCGAACCACCCCGCAAACACCGACAAUGCAGAUGUUGCAAAUCUCUUUCUCUGGGUCCGAAGGUCGGUCCAGUUCGACCUCAAGAUUGUCACACAAAGGAUCGAGGCCCUCAAAUUUGUGUGGGCCUUGAUUACUUACAUCGCAAGUGGGGAAGCCAAGGUCAAUAUUGUUCUCUCAGCAUUGAACGCACCCCGAGACUAA